AUGAAGUCUCCUCUGAACUUGAGAAAAGUUCAGGAAAAAGAACAUAAAAAACAAGAAGAAGAAGAAGGCACAACAGACACGGCAACCUCUUCAUCCAACAACCAUGAGAAAGACAGUGGAGUGGGGCGCACAGAUGAAAGCUUGCGGAAUGACGAGAGCUCAGAGCAGGAGAAUGCAGCCGAGCAUCCCAAUGACACAUCUUUGAAGAGCAAGAGAGAGUUGGGGCAGAGCCAAGACACUCUGGGAAGCGUUGAACUUCAGUGUAAUGAGAGCUUCGUGUCUGGUGAAUACAUUGACUCAGACUGUAUUGGCAACCAAGAUGAGGAGUGUGAAAGGUUUCGGCAGCUCUUGGAGCUCAAAUGCAAGAUUCGGAAGCAUGGAGAGUAUGACCUGUAUUACUCAAGCAGCACAAUAGAAUGCAAUCAAGGGGGACGAGAAGGAGUGGGGCACGAACUACAGUUGCUUAAUGAAGAACUAAGAAACAUUGAACUUGAGUGCCAAAAUAUCAUGCAGGCUCACAGGCUCCGGAAAGUGACAGACCAGUAUGGAGACAUCUGGGCAUUGCAUGAUGGAGGAUUCCGAAAUUAUAACACCAGCAUAGAUACGCAGAGGGGAAAACUAGAUGACAUCCUCGAACACCCAGAAAAGUCAGACAAAGACAGUUCUAGUGCUUACAACACAGCUGAAAGCUGCAGAAGCACUCCACUCACUGUGGACCGUUCCCCUGACAGUUCCCUUCCAAGAAUGAUCAACCUCACCAAUAAGAAAAACCUGAGAAGCACAAUGGCAGCCAAUCAGUCCUCUUCUGGACAGAGUAGUAAAGAGUCAACCAAAGCCAAAACCACUGAACAAGGUUGCGGCGUUGAAGGCAAAGAGCAGACUUCAGAAAGCAGCAAGCUUUCUGAUCCAGAGAAGACCAGCGGUGAACACAUCCCUUACCUCUCUCCUUACCACAGCUCCUCCUAUAGAUAUGCAAACAUCCCAACACAUGCCCGGCAUUAUCAAAGCUACAUGCAGUUAAUUCAACAGAAGUCCGCGGUCGAGUACGCUCAGAGUCAGCUCAGCUUGGUGAGCGUGUGCAAGGAGUCUCAGAAGUGCUCAGAACCCAAGAUGGAAUGGAAGGUGAAAAUCAGGAGUGACGGGACACGGUACAUCACCAAGAGACCCGUGAGGGACCGCAUUCUGAAGGAGCGUGCCUUAAAGAUCAAGGAGGAGCGGAGUGGCAUGACGACGGACGAUGACACCAUGAGUGAGAUGAAAAUGGGGCGCUACUGGAGCAAAGAGGAGAGGAAGCAACACCUGGUGCGGGCCAAAGAGCAGCGUCGCCGCCGAGAGUUCAUGAUGCGGAGCCGGUUGGAGUGUCUCAAGGAGAGUCCCCAGAGCGGCAGCGAGGGCAAGAAGGAGGUCAACAUCAUUGAACUGAGUCACAAAAAGAUGAUGAAGAAGAGAAACAAGAAAAUUUUGGACAACUGGAUGACAAUCCAAGAACUGAUGACCCAUGGGGCCAAGUCCCCUGAUGGCACACGAGUUCCUAAUGCCUUUUUGUCAGUCACCACGGUAUGACCGAAUGGAUGGAAGGCAGCUGACUUUCAGAGGGUGCUACCAGUUUGGGUAGAGGAUGCUUGCCUCGUUCAAUGUGGCGUUUUUAUAUAUAUUUUGUGACUCUUUAUAGUUUAAAUUUUUUGUAAGCAAAAAUACCUGCUAAUUUUUCAUUUGUUUUUCAUAUACUGGUACCUUCUUUUUGGCUGAGAUUUUUCUUUAACUUGUGAUAUAUUCGUAUUACUCAUUUAUAUAUAAAAACAAACAAAAGGAAAGAAAACCAAAAAAAAACAAAAACAAAAAUACUGAGGAGCUAAUUAAUUUCCUAUUUUAAUGUGUCUAUUUAAUGUAUCUAUUGUAGAUCUGGAUUUUUUUCUCUGGAUUUAGUUUACUUAUUUUCUACUUUAAUAACAACUCAAUGCCAAAACAUUUCUCUGCUUGCUUCUUGGCAUAAUACAUAUGAAAUCAAACCUGUUGAUAAAUCAUGUGCCACAUCUUGUCUUAUACAUAAAAGCCACCUCUUUUUAACAUCCCGUUGUACAUUUAACACAUAAUGGCCGUUGUCUUUGUCUCAGUAAAGUGUAGGUGGACAAUCUUUCUGUGGUACGUAGUGACAUUGGUCAUGUAGCUAGAUAGUUGUGGUAAUUGUGACAAUAAAAGAGAAAUAAAUUAUUGAUU